AUGGGUAAAUCACAUGGUUACAGAUCUCGUACUCGUUACAUGUUCCAACGUGACUUCAGGAAGCAUGGUGCUAUUCCAUUGUCCACCUACCUGAAGGUCUACAAAGUUGGUGACAUCGUUGAUAUCAAGGCCAACGGUUCCAUCCAAAAGGGUAUGCCACACAAGGUCUACCAAGGUAAGACCGGUGUUGUCUUCAACGUCACCAAGUCUUCUGUUGGUGUUAUCAUCUACAAGAUGGUCGGUAACAGAUACUUGGAAAAGAGAUUGAGUUUGAGAGUUGAACACGUCAAGCACUCCAAGUGUAGAACCGAAUUUUUGCAAAGAGUCAAGGACAACGCCGCCAAGCGUACUGAAGCUAAGGCUCAAGGUGUUGCCGUCCAAUUGAAGAGACAACCAGCUCAACCAAGAGAAGCCCGUAUCAUCUCUACCGAAAGCAACGUUCCUCAAACUUUGGCUCCAGUUCCUUACGAGACUUUCAUCUAA